GGAGUUGCAUCGGAGUUCACUGUCACCUGUCAGAGAAGAAUUAAGACAGCUUUCUGGUUUGGCUCCCCGGAGGCUGCUUGCUACUCCUUCACUCAGAGACUUUGCUAGUGAUGGACCCAUACGUGAUCGAGAUGAAUGGCAGCGGCGACCUCCCCUCCGUUCUGGAUGUGCAUGUCAACGUCGGUGGGAGAAGCUCCACGCCAGGAAAAGUGAAAGGCAGGAAGGCCCGUUGGUCUGUGAAGCCCUCGGACAUGUCCAACAACACUUUCAAUCCCAUCCGGGCCAUCGUGGACAGCAUGAAGGUGAAGCCAAACCCGGACAAAACCAUGAUUUCUCUGUCAAUUGGGGACCCUACUGUGUUUGGAAACCUGCCCACGGACCCAGAAGUUACCCAGGCGAUGAAAGAUGCCCUGGACUCCGGGAAGUAUAACGGCUAUGCCCCCUCCAUUGGUUACCUGUCCAGCCGGGAAGAGGUCGCGUCCUAUUACCACUGUCCCGAGGCACCCCUGGAAGCUAAGGAUGUCAUUCUGACAAGUGGCUGCAGUCAGGCUAUUGAACUUUGUUUAGCUGUGUUGGCCAACCCAGGGCAAAACAUCCUCGUUCCGAGACCCGGUUUCUCUCUCUACAGGACUUUGGCUGAAUCUAUGGGGAUUGAGGUCAAACUCUACAACUUAUUGCCAGAGAAGUCUUGGGAAAUUGACCUGAAACAAUUGGAAUCUCUGAUUGAUGAAAAGACAGCUUGUCUCAUUGUCAAUAAUCCAUCAAACCCCUGUGGGUCAGUGUUCAGCAGAAGUCAUCUUCAGAAGAUUCUGGCCGUGGCUGCAAGGCAGUGUGUCCCCAUCUUAGCUGAUGAGAUCUAUGGAGACAUGGUGUUUUCAGGCUCCAAAUUUGAGCCUCUGGCCACCCUCAGCAGCAACGUCCCCAUCCUGUCCUGCGGAGGGUUGGCCAAGCGCUGGCUGGUUCCUGGCUGGAGGUUGGGCUGGAUCCUCAUCCAUGACCGCAGGGACAUUUUUGGCAAUGAGAUCCGAGAUGGGCUGGUGAAGCUGAGUCAGCGGAUCCUGGGCCCCUGCACCAUUGUCCAGGGAGCUUUGAAAAGCAUCCUGCGUCGCACCCCUCAAGAGUUCUACCACGACACCCUAAGCUUCCUCAAGUCCAAUGCUGACCUGUGCUAUGGGGCGUUGGCUGCCAUCCCUGGACUCCGGCCAGUCCGCCCUUCUGGGGCCAUGUACCUCAUGGUUGAAAUUGAGAUGGAACAUUUCCCAGAAUUUGAGAAUGAUGUGGAGUUCACGGAGCGGUUAGUUGCUGAACAAUCUGUCCACUGCCUCCCGGCAACGUGCUUCGAGUACCCGAAUUUCUUCCGAGUGGUAAUCACCGUCCCUGAAGUGAUGAUGCUGGAGGCCUGCAGCCGGAUCCAGGAGUUCUGUGAGCAGCACUACCACUGUGCUGAAGGGAGCCCCGAGGAGUGUGACAAAUAGGCCUGAGCCCAUGCUCCUGACUACAUCCCCUCCAGGGAGGGCCGGACUGGGCCCUGCUGCUCCUCAGGGAGUCAGGCGCCCCUGUUGGGAGAGGAGCCUCAAAAACACAUCGAGGGUUCAGAAUUGCCCCUGCUUUACCCCAGCCAUAUCCAUGUGCACACUCUGAAUCCCAGAGUCUUCUCUCACUCUGCCCUGCUGGAGUGACUAAUUCAUUAACUUGCCCCACUUCCAUGAUGACUUCCUCCUUUUUUUCUGAGAGUACCAGGUGAGCAAAAUUCACCAGCAAGCAGUAGAGACAAGAAAAUUAAGAGCUCCAGAUGAGAGAAACAAGAGUGAGAGAACUUGGGCCCCCAACCAUUUCCUCACGCUAUAAGAACAUAGUCUCUCUAGUCAGAUCUGAAGCCCAAUUCUGGUACUGCCUAACUUAAGGUAUUCCUCACUUUAUGUGCUAGAGUUAUGAUGAAAGAAGUUGAGGACAUAUGUAUUUGGUUUAUUAUAUUCUAAACCCAUUAGGAAAAUUUGCUAAUUCAAAGGAUCCUUUACAGAAACACUUUUUUGGGGGUACAGAAUUACUUUGCCAUACAAAUAAAUAUCCUUUAAUGAUUGCCUUUCUAAAUUUA